AUGGACAACAGCUUCGGCCCGGGGCUUCUCGGACACUUUGACUUUACUCUCCUCUUCAUAGACAUUGUCUUCCAUGUCAUUCCGGCCGGUUUCAUCCUGUCCACGACCCCUUUCUUCCUCGCCAAGAUCAAGAACGGCCCCCGCGUCGUGCGAGCCGGUCGCCUCCUCUGGCUCAAGCUCGCACUCGCCGGCGCACUCGCUGCCGUGCAAGCCGCCAAUGCCGUUCUCUGGUUCCAGUCCCCUCUCGACUCCGCGCUUGCGGAAGCGGCUUCUAUUCUGUCAUGUGUCUCGGCCGUCUGCAUCGGCGUCAUUCUCCUGGCGAACCACGCCUACUUUGUCCGGCCACUGCCCUUCCUCGGCCUCUUCCUCACCAUCACACUGCUGCUGGAUAUUGCAGCCACCCGCGCCUACUUUCGGCGAAACGGACUGGGCGCCAUUGCGAGGCUGCACAUUGCCGUUCCGGUGUUGAAGGGCUUGCUGAUCCUGGCGGAGGAAACGUCGAAGCGGUCGCUCGUCAUUGACGCUGCCGUGCGCGAAACCCUGGGCAGUGAAGCCUUGGCUGGGUUUUGGAGCAAGUCGGUGUUGGUUUUCAUCGGCUUCAAAUUCUCACAGCCGUUCUUGCUGCAAGACGUGGUCAAUGCCGUCUCCGCAAAGACUGAAAUGAACGGCCUCCGAAUGUCACUCAUCAUCGCCACGGGAAUCAUCUACAUCGGCAUGGCCCCUGACAUCCAUCAGAUCUCCAGAUCUUGGUUUCUAUAUCUUCUCAACCAAAUGUCAACGAGUACGAGAGCCAUCCUCACCACAGCAAUCUAUCACAAAUCAUUGCGCAUCGACAGUGAUGAAGCCGAAAGACAGGCGGCUGUGACUCUUGCAGAUACAGAUGUCGCCGGCAUCAUGCAGCUCAUGAGUCUUUCCUAUGAAAGUUGGGUCAGUCUUGUCGAGGUCAUUCUUGGCAUCACAAUUCUCGCCUUCUUUGUCGGCGCGGCUAGCAUUUUUGCGUUAAUUCCAGCUUCUUUGACCAGCGUCUUCACCAUUUACGUUUCUAAACGCAUGGCUUUCACGCGAAAACGGUGGAUUGAUCACACCGAGAGUCGGAUUGCAGAUACGGCAAAUAUCUUGGCUCAAUUUAAAGAUAUAAAAAUGAUGGGAUUGGCUCCCAGCUUGGCGAAACGUCUUCAAGAGAAGCAAGUUGAAGAGAGUCAUCUUGCUCUCGCUGAUCGACGCGUUGUCGUGUCGACUUUUUCUGCUUCCGCGGUUGCGGAAACUGUCACGCCCGUCCUAGUUGCUGCAGGAACACUGUUCUGGACACGGGCUUCGGAACCAAUCACGGCGUCACGUUUCUUUACCACUCUGGCUGUCAUAACCAUGAUUGCUGAGCCACUCGCCAGUUUUCUCACGGCGUUACCUUACUGGACAGGAGCAUUUGCCUCUGUGACUCGUAUCCAAAAGUAUCUCGCGCAACCAGAGUUGGGGGAUCCCAGACAGAUCCUGAUACAGAAUCAGCCUCAGGAACCAGUCUCGUCAGCCACAGGUGUCACGCAGCGCAAGUCAGCCAGGUUGCGAAAUCGGCCAUCGUCGCAACUGCCACCUGUUGUUGUCAGAUUCUCCAUGGUGUCAAUCGAUGUGGGCACCACCGUGGCAUCGGUCUUGCGCGAUGCCACCUUUUCUUUGCAGCGUGGCCGUACCGCAAUGUUCAUCGGUCCAGUGGGUUGUGGUAAAUCAACGCUACUAAGUGCCAUUGCCGGGCAGAGGAAGCUCAGCACAGGAUCCAUCGCUGUCGCUACUAAGCAGAUCGCGUGUUGUGCUCAGCGGCCCUGGAUCCGGAAUAACACGAUUCGAGCGAAUAUCCUCGGCGCGAAUAGCUACAGCGCGUCGAGGUAUUCGCAGGUGGUUUUCACAUGUGCCCUUGACGCUGAUAUACAGCAUCUUCCGCUCGGGGAUCUCACAGUAUGCGGAAGUGAUGGCUGCAAACUCAGCGGUGGGCAGAAAACUCGUAUUGCCAUGGCGCGAGCUCUUUACGAAAGCUCGGAUAUUAUUCUUCUCGACGACCCGUUCAGCUCCCUGGACAUGGAGACUUCCUCCACCAUUCGAAUCCGAUUGUUUUCAGAGAGCAACUUCUUGGAUAGUGGACGGCUCACCCUGAUUAUGACGACGAGCAUGCAACAACAUCUUGUCGAUGCCGACGACGUGUUUCGGAUUCUCGAGAAUGGACGUGUCUGUCAAGUGCCGCGAGAGGAACUCGAUGCGCCCGGGUUAGGUCCCGGACCGCGAGUGACACCUCGGGUGCAACGGAAUGUGGCAAUCCAAGCCUCGGAAGAAACGGACGACAAAGAGUAUCAGCUUCCCACCGUGAAACCCAUGACAGAUGGCGACCCCAUGGACAACCUGCCCGAGACCAAAUUCAGCGAUGUAUCUUUGUGGUGCUACUUUGCCAAGCCAGCAGGCCUUGGCCGUGUUCUUGUAUGGGGCGUCUACGUCGUCAGCGCAGCCAUCUUGGAAAGGAUGCCUUGUGAGAGCAACGAAUACUUUUUGGUGGUUUCCCUCGUUCUGACAUUUGAUCUAGUCAUUUUUGUUCGAAUCUGGCUUGAAACAGAUGCUCAAAACCGUCUGUACUUUAUUGGAUUCGCAGCCUUUGGACUGAUCAAUCCGUUGAUGAACUAUGUCGCGUGCUAUGGUUACUUCUCUUUGAUCAAUUUCUCUGCGCUAGAGGCUCUUCAUUGGCGGCUCGCCGAUACCAAUGCCAGAGCGACGUUUGACUUUCUCGCAACAGAAGAUGCGGGUAGCCUGCUCAAUCGGUUCAGUACCGACACGACAAUUAUUGCGCACCGUUUACCAUUGGCCAUAAUGCCUUCAGCUUGGGGCGCCAUGUCUGUCCUUAUUGACAUCGCAGUCAUUGCUGCUGGGGCUAGCUAUGCGGCGCCAAUCAUGCCCCUUCUUCUCCUUUUUCUAUUCAUCAUUCAGCAUUUCUAUUUAAAAUCAUCUCGACAGCUGCGCGUGCUGCAACUAGACAAUGCAAAGCUGCUUGUCCGCCAGCUCGCAGAAACAAGCACCGGCAUCGAGCAUAUUCGUUCAUUCCAUUGGCAGGACUUUUUUGUUCAAGAAUUCUACGAAAUUUUGGAAAAGAACCAAAAGCCGUUUUACUUUUUAGCAGUUGCUCAGCAAUGGCUUCUUUUGGUUCUCGACCUGUUCUCCGCUGGUGCUGGAAUGGUCAUGGUAUCCAUUGCGUUAUACCAGCCUCAGUCGGCCUCGCCCAAUUCCAUCGGUCUUUCCUUUCUCACGCUCAUUUCGUUCAGUCAGACGGUUUCGCUUUUUGUUCGCUACUUUACUAACAUGGAAAUAUCAUUUGGUGCCGUCGCACGUAUCCGUGCCUUUGAGCGCCAGACACCAGUAGAACAGGAUUCGCACGAUGGAUCGGAUUUACCCCCGUGCUGGCCACGGCAGGGAAGGAUAGACUUUAACGGUGUUACGGCAAAGUAUAGUUCGAAAGGCGAUGACGGCGUGGUGACUGAGCACACUGCACUGGACCAAGUCACAGUUGUGGUAGAGCCUGGACACACUCUAGGUAUCAUCGGUCGGACAGGAAGUGGGAAAACGAGCUUACUGCUCGCCCUUCUACGACUGACGCAAUAUUCCGGGAGUAUUAGCAUUGACGGGCGCGACAUCAAGUCAGUGCCGCUUGACAUUCUUCGCACCCGUAUUACCACAAUCACGCAAGCCGGUCUCGAGCUAAGGGGCACAGUGAGAUUUAAUCUCAAUCCCUUUGAUCCCGGCUGUUUGCCACGUAAUUACAUCCUCACCAGUGAGAUGGAGCGGGGCGUGCUUCGCCGGGUUGGGCUCUGGCAGCAUAUCAGCUCUCGUGGAGGCCUGGAGGCAGAGAUGAGGAACAUGAAGUUUUCGCAAGGCCAAAGACAGCUGUUUCAGCUCGCUCGUGCAAUGCUGCAUCAGCAAAUCAUGAACUCGACCGUCGUUUUGAUAGACGAGGGCACAUGGAGCAUGGAUGAGGACACCGAGGCUGAAAUGGGCAACCUCGUCAACCAAGCUUUCGCUUCCUGCACGAAACUUGUCGUCACCCACAAACUCGGUGCUCUUGUCAAGGCAAAUGCGGUUCUUGUCCUUCAGAAUGGCAAGGCGAGCGCGUUGAAGCAGGAUCAAGGGACUGGCAAUUGGAGACAGAGCCCGGAGCCAUGA